CAUUGUUUUCCGAUUAUUGAUAUUUCUACACUACUAAUCACUAUCAAAACAAAUAUGAAUUUUCUCACAAUUAUAAAUCCAAAUCUCAAAAUCAAUCCUUCAGUUUCCAUUUUUGGAGCUGUUUCUGGGUCUUGUAGUGUGCCUAAAUGGGUGUCUAAUUCAAAUAAAAAGUUGGGUAAUGUGGGGAAACUUGGGUUUGAUUCAAGAUUCAAUCUUGGGUAUAAAAAUGUAGAGAGUUUCAGAAAUGGUAGGGGUUUGGUUGAAGUGAUGUGUAGAAGGGCAGAAAUUGAAAAUGGAGAAGAAGAUGCAUUUUAUAUGAGGAAAUGUGUGGAAUUGGCGAAACAGGCUAUUGGAUAUACUAGUCCUAAUCCUAUGGUGGGAAGCAUUAUUGUAAAACAUGGUAAGAUUGUUGGCCAAGGAUUUCAUCCUAAGGCUGGACAGCCUCAUGCUGAGGUCUUUGCUUUGAGAGAAGCCGGAGAUCAGGCUGAGAAUGCAACUGCCUAUGUGACUUUGGAACCUUGCAAUCAUUAUGGAAGAACACCUCCGUGUUCUGAGGCUUUGAUCAAAGCCAAAGUGAAGAAAGUUGUGGUCGGCAUGGUGGAUCCCAACCCAAUUGUUUGUUCGCGAGGAAUUAAUAAACUACAAGAAGCAGGCAUAGAAGUUGUUGUUGGUGUUGAGGAGGAUCUGUGCAAGAAGCUCAAUGAAGCAUUCAUCCACAAAAUGCUUUCUGGAAAGCCUUUUGUGACUCUUAGGUAUUCCAUCUCUGUAAACGGUGUGGUUUUAGAUCAAGUAGGUGAAAAGGUUACAGAAUGUGGAGGAUAUUUUUCAAAAUUGCUGCAAGAGUAUGAUGCGGUGAUACACACAAGCGCCAGCUCCACAAUGGCGCAAGAAUUGUCAUCUCUCCGGUCACAAGAACCUAAUGCUCGCCAACCUCGCCACAUUUUAUUAGCUACAAAUCAGGAUUUUCUCAACAACCUAGUUGCAGAAUCAGAUUGUAAUGCCACUGUAUUUGCAAACAAAGAAGUAAGUGUAGGACCGGAAUUGUCUCAAAAAGGGAUUGAAGUAGUGGUUAUGGAUCACAUAAGCCUGGAUGCUAUUCUAGAGUAUUUGAGUAAGCAGGAAAUGACUAAUGUAUUGGUGGAUUUGAGAGGAAAGCUUAGUGAUUUGGAAGAGAUUCUGGAAGAAGCAUUACAGACAAAUUCAAUGCAGAAGGUUGUAGUGGAGGUACUGCCUAUUUGGGCAGGGACUGAACCUGAAGACAGUCUUUCUUCCUCGAUGAUGAUGAACCAUACCCAUAGUCAAAGGUUGAAGAAUUUAUCAACGAGGAUUGCUGGUGAUAGCAUCCUUCUUGAAGGGUAUUUUUAAUUUUUCUUAUAAUACUUCUGUUUGUAACUGAAUGUACAAUUCACUCCAGAAAAAACUUGAAUAAUUCUGCAAGAGUCAUUGUAAUUUAGCGAGAAUCACGAGUGUAUUUAAUAUAAUUUACA